GGACAUUUCAUAUGGCAAUGAUAAAGCCGGCCAAGGGGAAAUAGUGUGCUGAUAUGAUACUGCCACUUUUCCAGUUGAAUUCGUCAUCUCAUCAUGCUGCAACCUAGGAUACACACGAAGAGCUCUACUCUAAUAUUAUUCAGUAUUUUAAUGAUUUCGAAAUCUACAGGUAGCAAAAAAAGUAUCAAUGUGGCGAAAGAUCGAGACACUGGGCCGAUGGCCGAAUGGGCAAACACCACCGACGAUGUUCUUAAUUAUGAAGAUCCAGACUUAGAUUCAAAUAAGAUUGUGUGCUCUCAGCAACAAUUCACUUCGCUUUUUGAUUGCUGCAAAAAAGAGCGAGAGAUAUUUUUUACCGAGCGAGCAGUCUCUAGAUGCAAUAAAGGGAAUUCGUCGUUUUUAAACAACUUCUUGACUGAUUACGUUCUGAACAAGUACCAAUCGACAGACAAAAAUGCGAUAAACCUGAAAUCGCCUACUAUAAGAAAUGCUCUUGGCCCCAUAAUGUGUUUUGUGGAGUGCAUUUUUCGGAACGAAAAAUUGGUUUGCAUAUUUCAAUCAAUUUAUAUGAGAGAAGUUUCAAAUAUUUUCAAACUCUUCUUACAGAUAUUUCGGAGCAAAACAAUCAAUUAUGAUAAGCUGAUGAACCGUUUUAUCAGUGCAGUAAAGUCGGUGGCGCCAAGAAGAAUGGAAGAGAUAAUUAAUAAUUGCCGUCUAAAUGUCGAAGAUCUUCCUCUGACUUCAAUUAAGGCACCGGUUAAUAAAUGUCUAAUCCGACCAUUGAUGUUGAUGCAGUGCCUGAGGAAAGAGUUUUUAUUUGAGUGUCCGCGUAAUUUGACAGUGAAAAGUAAGGAAAUGACAAUGAUAAUAAUUUAUGAAAAAAGUAGGAAAAUUAAUUACAAUUCUUAUUUAAGGUGUUCCGUGCAAUCAGGCCAAACUGAAUUUGCGGCAUUGUGAGAUAGUGUGAGCAAGAGAUUCAUUUGAAUUCAUUUGUAUAUUUCUUUGUGAAUUCAAAUAAUAUUCAAAUAAAUGUUAUUAUUUUAGAUUGCUUUUGAGGAUAUAAUUCUAAAUUGAAAUUUUGCAUCUGUCAAAAUAAUAAUUUUUGUUUUCAUCGAAAGAUAAGCUCAACAAUUCAAUUAAUGAAAGUAUUACGUUCGUUGGGCCAAUUGCAGCUGCAUUUAAGCAUAAUAUUAUACUUCGUGCAUCUUAAAAACCUGCCAAUCAAGUCGGGAAGCUGCUGAAUACGCGAAUUCUAAAAUUGCUAUUUUAUUUUCGAUUCUGAAACUGUCCUUUUUUAACGUAAUUUAGAAAAAAAAAAAAUUUUUAAAAAUAUUUAAACCGAGCUGAUAAGCUUUGCUUUUAAAUACUGAAGAGGUAGGAAGUGCUAAAAUAAAUACUUAAUAGAUUCUAGCGCAUUUCGCAUGUCUAGCUAGAGCUCAUCUAAACGCUCAAUCGCCUGGUUUUGCGCUGGAUAGGCAACUUGCUCGAUUUACUUGUUUCGCGUGUUGCCUAAUGCCUGCUUUCUCUUGCCGCGCCAAGUUUCAAUCUAUUCCUUUAACAUCACAACCGCCUACUUAAAAUUAUUCAGCUGAUGAUAAAAUCAAAAUGGUUCAUCACCAUUUAUUGCUUCAUAUUCAUUAUAAAAAAAUUCAAUUUGUUUUAAAUUAUAAAAAUUGUUAUAUUUCUGUUCUUUCAAUACGUUUGGACUUUGGAACCUUGUUAUAUGUUUAAAUUAAGGUAGUUUGAGGCGUUUAUUUGAGAGUAAGUUUUAUAAAAAGCUUUAUUUUCAGUUCAUGGAUAUUUUUAAAUGUUUUUCUCUUCAUUUUGUUUUGUAAACUAUAUUGCAAAUGGGGCGCGUCUCAAUCAGUGGUGACGCUGCA